AUGGGAUUGCGGGGAAGGGAGAGGGCAAAACUGAACUCGCAGUUGGCGGCUGUAGCUCCGCCGAGCCUCGCUUUCCUGGACCAGCAGAGAGAGCAGCUCGGCCAAUACUUCUCUGAGAUGUGGCAACGAACUCGCGCGGGGUUCAGCGGGAUAUGGCACAACUGGGGCGAAGUUCGAGAGAUCAACGAGAAGAGGAAGAAGGGGCUGCAGGUCAGCAUGUCAGACGUCUGCUUGCUCCAUCGGGAGAAGAAGGACACUGCCAAGCUCAUUCGUAUGCUGGCUAUCUAUGCUGUCUCCCCCUCCAUCCUUCCCUACUACCUGAUCUUCUGGCCUGGUGCGCUGCCUUCUACCUUCGACCUGCCCAAGCACAGGGACAGAAAGUAUGAAGAGCUAGCGGCGGCGAGGAUAGCUGGUCUGCUCACUGGCAUUGUUGACCUUGAGAAGGAGUGCGAGAACGACAAGAACCCUGAGAGCGCUAAACAAGCUCUUACAGUCAAGUCUGGGGCCCUCAAGGCUCUCGGUGCCGGAUCAUGGCGCAAGGCUUUCGACAGCACCGCGAAAUGGGUGUUCUACAACGCUACAGCGUUGGGAGACAAGAAGCAGCACAGGGCUGACUUUGGCGAUGUUCCUCCUGCUCUCAUCAAGGGAGCGGCGAUAGCGAUGAACGCCGGCUUCUCCUUCCUCCCUGCCUUCGUCCUCAAGUUCCCGAUCAAAGGGCACAUUUCGGAUGUCAUCUCUGCCGACGAAGAGCUGUCGAAGCAGGGAGAGAAGACUGGCAUUCUCAAGUGGAGCAAGCAGAUCGACGAGCUCUCCAAGACGCUGCCGGCCCCCGACAAGGACUCCGAGUGGAAGGUCUGCCCCUACCGCCUGCGGCUGGCCCUGAUGGGACUACACGCCGUCUCUUCUGCGCGCGAGAUCUCAGAAGGAGAGUUGACCCGCGCCAUCUACACGGGGAACAAGCGACUCAGCCACCUGGGAUUCUAG